AUGAUUCCGUCGCCGAUGGUUAGUGUCGACAUGCCUUUCAGUGUCAACGCCGACGUACCAUUGAAGUUGCAGGUUUUCUUUGGGGCCACUGCGGUCUUCGUCUUUAUAAUAUCAACUAUUACAGUGCAAGCUAUAGCAAAGCUCUUUUCAAGAGAAGAUAUUAAUAGCGAAAUCAAAGAAGCUCCGGCUCCCCCUCUGAAAACCCGCCAUGAUUCCCAAGAUGAGGAAUUGCAGCUUUACAAAGACCUUUAUUUCAAACUACAACAUCUUGAGCAAUACCCAGAGAUUCUCCCACAGUCCCGGGAUCUCUUAAUCUCGCUGUUCUCGGAAACCCUCUCAGAAGCGCUCAAAAAGACGAAUUCCGGAAUCUUGUCUGUCGAGCAGUACACACCCGAGAGCCUGGCAGACUUUAUGCGGAAUGAAGCCGACAAGACCGCACAGCAAUGGGAGCAGUAUCUUGCCCGGAGAAAGGCCGGUGGGCGGACGGAGAUAUUCAGUGACAGAGAAGAAGCUAAAUGGUGGCUCCGGCAAAUUGCGCCGGUCAGAUAUGUCGACGGUGCUUGGCUCGGCCAUAUCAACACCAUCACUACUCCGUUCUCCCUGCGGCGGACGGCCAAGGAUGCCUUCCAGGUUCUUUCCGAAGAGCUAGGUGAUGGGGAUUUGGGCAAGAACCAUGUUUAUGUCUACCAGCAGGUGAUGAACGAUAUUGCGCCCGAAUUGCCGCCUGGCGACAGUGCGGAUUUUGGGCAUCCAAGACAUCAGAUGGGCCAACUAUGCAUUUGGAAAGCGGCCGUUGCCCAGUUGCUCAUAUCGCUCUUUCCACAUGACUUCCUGCCCGAGAUUCUCGGGUUCAACAUGCAUUUUGAAGUGGUAUCAAUAGAGACCUUGGUGGCCGCCAAAGAACUAAAGGAAGUGAAGAUCAACCCCUACUACUUCCUCCUCCAUAUCUCAAUCGACAACGCCGACUCCGGCCAUACCGCGAUGGCGAUAGAAACCGUCCGCGGGUACCUUGAGCACAUACGCAAAUCCGCCGGUGACCUCGCAGCACAACAAGCCUGGAAGCGUGUUCAGGCAGGUUAUACCCUCUCCGCAAGUCUCAUUACAACCCCAGACUGCGCCACCCUUCGAGCGGCCGCCGUCGGCUCCUUCCCUCGCAACGAGCACGAAGCCGAAGUGGCCAAGAUAUUCAAGGCUAAAGCGUAUGUGGCGCACAGAAUCCACUGCAGCAGUGCAGUGAAGAUUGGCCGCCGCACGCUGGUCGACUGGCUCGAACCAAAUGCCUUUGCCUCGCCGCAAUGGCAAAUGGACUUCCUACAUGACCUGAGCAACCUGAAACCAUGGGUCUACAAGGGCGACAGCAGGCGGAGCAAGCUCAUACAGGAGCUCUGCUGGGAAGGCAAGAUGUUUGGGUCCUUCACCCAGCGCGAAGUGGAGUCUGUCCAGCGCUGGAUCGACUCCCUCGGCAAGCCCUACAACUCACACAUCUACUGGUCAUUCACCGGCCGCCCGGAGGAGACCGCAUCCACUACGGCCCUCCAGAACCAAGAUAUCACCGCCAACCACCCCGUCUUCUCCCCGAACCCCGCCAAUGAGUUUUCCGCACCCCCGCCCCCAUAUCUACCGCCCAACACCCCAACAUCUGCCCUCACCGCCCUCACCCCGGUCCUGGCCAAGCUGCUCCCAAUCUGGUUCGCCCAUCCCUGCCUCCUCGAAUCCUUCGUCUGUAUCCCCGCCAAGACCAGCACACCGUCCGCCGCCGCCAUCCUGUGUAUGCUCCGCGCACAGUCCGGCUUCGGCGCCGAAAGCCCCGGCGUCGCAGGCAUGGACGAAGUGCGCCGCGAGGACAGCACCGGCAUCGUCGAGCUCGGACUGGAAAUGGUGCGGCGGCGGGGGCUCGCAGAGCCCGCAUGUCUUAAGGAUGCUCUUGGGAUGUGGCGAUCUGAGUUUGCUGUGGUGAUGCUGCGUCUGGCGAUGCGGCCAGAGGAGAAUCGGGGGUUGCUGCUGGGGAUGGCAGCCGCGUUUGUAGUGCUGUAUGAUGUUGUCGCGGCGUCGGCGCUGCUGUCGGAGAGUGGGAGGGAGGUGUUGGGGAUGAUUGCGGAGAGGGGGAGAAGGUAUGUGGAGGUGUGGGUGGCGGAGAUGAGGGAGGAUGAGGUGUUGUAUGCGCAGUAUUGUAGAGGGUAUGGUUGGGGGAGGGCGGAGAUUGAGAGUUGCUUUGAGCAUGAGGGGGCCCGGGAUGGAGCUUAG